AUGACAUCCGCCGACUCGCAGCUGUCUCCGGUUGCCAUGAAGAAUGAUCCUCAGGUGAGCCAGGUGGAACACCAGGAAGCAAAAGAGCCUGACCUUGGUGGUGGUGGUGGUGCUGCUGCUGCUGCUGCUGUAGCAGUCUCUGGAGGCAGCUCGGUGACGGUUGGUGCUGGGAAAAGGAAGAGAGGGAGACCAAAGAAAUUCGUUAUGGAUUCAGGAACAACAUCACUGCCUGUCCCUUGUCCUCCUCCUCCUCCUCCUCCUCCUCCUCCUGACUUUACAUCUUCACUAUCAAAGACUUGUGAGAAGCGAGGCAGGGGGCGUCCCCUUGGUUCCGGUAAACUGCAGUUAUUGGCUUCCCUUGGUGAUUUAGCUGCAGAAACAGCUGGAGGAAACUUCAUUCCUCUUGUAGCACGUGUGGAUCCUGGAGAGAUCUCUUUUCUUAACUAUGAUCAGGAUAUUAUAAGCUUGAUUUCAUCAUUUGCUGAAAUGGGUCCUCGAGCAGUUUGCGUUCUUUCUGCUUCUGGUGUUGUCUCAAAAGUGGUUAUACAUCCACCUGGUUCUGAUGGUGGAGUUUUGCAAUAUGAGGGCCUCUUUGAAAUUCUCACCUUGUCUGGAUCAUUCGCUUUUGAUGAGACAAGUGGUGAACGCCGCAAAACUGGCGUGUUAACUGUUUCCCUGGCAAAACCCAAUGGCCAAGUUUUUGGUGGUGGUGUUGUUGGAUCUUUAAUAGCCUAUGGCCCUAUUCAACUUAUCCUUGGGAGCUUUAAGCAAAAUGUUUUCAAUGAACUGAAACUGAAGCAACUGGCAGAAAAAUCUGCAGUAGCUGCUGGGAGCCCACUUGGCGAUUCAGAAACUGAAAGAUCUCCAUUCCCAAAUGCAGGAACAACUGAAGCUGAAGGCCACUGCACAACACCGACAUCUGCACUUUUAGAAACCGCAAAUGAUACUGAAGCUGGGAACACAACCACAGAUGAUCCUGAGAAUGUCGUCAAGCCAGUGGAGCCGAUUUCAGAUCCUGGAAAUGAAGAUUGCUAG